GCCGCCGGCUGCGCUCCGCGGGGCCGCUGCCCCUCCGACAAAGGAGGUGGAGAAGCAGAGGCGGGAGGACGGCGAGGAGGAGGAGGGGAGGGGGACGCGGCCGCUCCGUCCGGAUGCGGUGAGCCCCCGCUUCGCCCGGCAGCGCGGAGGGAAGCCGAGGAGCAGCCGCGGCGCUCCGCCACCAUGGGCUGCUGCACGGGGCGCUGCACGCUCAUCUUCCUCUGCUCGCUGCAGCUGCUGGCAGCAUUAGAAAGACAGAUCUUCGACUUCCUUGGUUUCCAAUGGGCUCCUAUCCUUGGCAAUUUCUUACAAAUAAUAGUAGUCAUUUUGGGUUUAUUUGGAACCAUCCAGUUUCGGCCUCGAUAUAUAGUUGUGUACACGGUGUGGACUGCCCUGUGGGUCACCUGGAAUGUGUUCAUUAUCUGCUUCUAUUUGGAAGUAGGCGGGCUCUCUAAGGAAACUGAUCUCAUGACCUUUAAUAUCUCAAUGCACCGUUCUUGGUGGCGAGAGCACGGGCCUGGCUGCAUACGAAGAGUGGUGCGUCCUUCUUCUCCUGGCAUCCUAGAUGAUUACUCCUAUGUCUCUGUGACAGGCUGCAUAAUCGAUUUCCAGUACCUAGAGGUCAUUCACAGCGCUAUCCAAAUACUCCUCUCUCUGAUUGGAUUUGUGUAUGCCUGUUACGUGAUCAGUAUUUUCAUGGAGGAAGAGGACAGCUGUCGAACUAAGUAAUGAAAGAAGUCAAGACUUCUGCUGUCGUAGCUGAAGAAACAGAUGUCAGAAGAAAAGACCAACCUUGUGACUCAUCGUUCUGGAAGAAACGCACUGUCCGUUUCUCACGGCGCGUGGAUUGUUCUUCCCACAGGCUCAGUGUCAUUAUCAGCGUUGUUAUUUGGUAGAUCCUUGUAGAUGACUUGAAUUUUUGAAUGAUUUACUUAUAUGGACACUUGUAAAUUGUAAAUUUUUUCUUUUUUAAUUUUAAUAUUUUUACAACAUUUAAUGUUAAGGCAUGAAAACGAAACCUGUGAAAACUAUGAGAAGGCUGCAUCUUCCUCAAGGAAGUCGGUAUUUUGAACUGAUAGAAUCAUACUGUGCCUGGUAAAAAUCAUGUCAGUGAUUUGGACUCCAAAAAAUACAGCAGGAGUUAAAUCCUAAUGGUGCAAAGGAGCUCAUUUCAGUGCUGUAUUUUGAAAUUCACAGUGUUCAUUGCUUGUGGUUUUUUUGUUUUUUUUUUUUUGAACUGCGGUAUGCAGUAGGCGUAGGUCUAUGACUCUACUUGACCAGAUGUUCCAGUACAAACGUACUCAUCUAAUUAUUGCAAUUCAUAUAUGGCUCCUUCUCUUAUCUCUUACUCUGAGCCCAUCAACAGUAGCUGUCUCUGAUUCAAAGAGAAAUAGAAUGACCAUACAAUCUGUGGAUGUCAGUCACUAGAAACCCUUAAUUCCAGGGUUCUUUAGGUGUCUGUGAUUUGCACACUUUUAAACUCUUUUCCUCCCUUCUCCCAGGAAGAAGCCAAGCAUGAAUGUACAGUAUAAGGCACCACCUUCAGCCUUAGAAGCCUCUGGGAAAUAAUUUUGUUCCUUAUUUAGAAGUAAACAAGCAAAUCUGAAUAUGUGUACAAAAAUUUGUAAAGUUAUUUGUAAAUACUUCUAGACAAAGAACAUGUAUGUAACUGUCGUAUUUUGUUUUCUAUUCUGUCACCACUAGCAUAAAGUGAUACACAAAAGCUACUUUCUUUGGGGAACUGGCAAUCUUUUUACCAGAACUCUGUGUUUCUUUCUUCUUGAUUACUGUUUAAAAUACUGUGCACAGUUUUAUACACCAGAGUUACAUCUCUUCACAUAAUGUGCCUCAGCAUCAGUAUAAACUUCAUCAGGACUUGGGGGCCAUUUCCCUUUUUGUGGUUUCUCAUUUUGUGUUUUCUUGGAUGGGAUUGUCACGAAAAGCAUUCUUUCUGAUAUGCGUGUCUCUGUCUCUCCACUGGAAGCUGAACUAAGGUCCACUAAGUUCUUUCAUAAAUUUCCUGAAUGGUCUUCAGCUAGUAAAUUGCGUUCUAACAGCUUUCGGAUUCUCAGUUUGCAGUCUUUUCUUGAAGCGUGUCUAUCCUAUCUUUUCCAGUCUGAGCAGAUGUGAAAUAGAUGAAGACUUGCUUUGAUUCUUUCCCUUAGAUAGUCUAUUUGAGUUAAUUAGUGAUAUGAACCUAAUGAGACAGUUAAUACAAUCUAUCGUUUUUAGGUAGAAAGGCUUCUGUGGCUCAUCCACCUGUUUUCCAGUCAGUUGAACCAAAAGCCUCACCAUCUUUGGAGAAAACAUAAACUGAAUGUGGAUUAACUUUCCCUUCCAGUAUGAAGUGUUAAAACAAAAUCAACAGAAACAACUGAAUAGGACUUUUUCUUAGUAUUCUUAGGGCUCAAUAUACCUCAAACAGUAAGUGUUUUUGUGUAAGGUCAGACUGUACCAACACCAGGAAUGCUGUACAUGAAAAUAAUGCCAUCUGUGAUCAUGUAUUUGAAUGUUUCUCAUAUGCUAUUUUCUCAUAUUUUCUAGACUAUUGCAAAUUACCAGAUUUGUCCUAUCUUGAAGACUUUAUCUAUGUGAAAAAAAUAAAUAUUUGUCACAAAGCUAAUAUAAAUGCUAACAGUUUAGAGGCUUCACGAAGAAGAUUCAAUGUGAAUUUCUUUGUAGUUGCCAUAUUCCAAUAAGGCAAAAAACAUUUUUAUCUACUUGUGUAAAGUUUUACUUUUGCUUAGAUUAUUUCAUUUAUUUGUAUUAUAUCUUGAACAACGACAGUGUCUAUUCAGCCAGUGCCUACAGACUUCUGAGUUGGAGAUGGCUCCAGAAUUUUGGAGACUGGCAAAUCUGAGCACUGUUCAGAGCCAAAUGGCUUUCAGGAGCUGCCUUGUUUCACCUUUCUCCAUUUCAGAGAGUUCACAGUGUGGGCAUCUAGCACUGAUUCCAGAUUCCAAUGAUCAGUGCAGUUUGCAUAUGGGCUUUGCAUUUCAGCAUUAACUUAAUGGCAUUAAUUGUUAUGGGUUGGUAGAUAAGAGGCUUUUGACUGAAUCCAGUUCUACCAUGAGGACCAGAGAGGAGAAAAGGGAAGGAGUACUACAUCCUCAUCAUUUGCACACAUUCUCCUUCAGAGCAGAAUGCGCCCUAUUCUGGCAGAGCUUUGGAAGCAUCUAUUUAAUUUUCUACCAAGACAGACAUAUCUGCUGGAUCAUGUUUUACAAAUUUGUCUGGAUAUACCUCUUUCUUGCCUUUCUGUUGAACUUCAGAUUUUCAGCUUAUCAAUGAGGAACCAUGGGCACACCACAAAAAUUCUGCAAAGACAGAACCUGACUGCUUUUCUACCUAUCUGAUAUAUUGAUCACUUUUUAGCUGGAGAACACUAACUAGCAUAUUACAAGUAAGCUUAAAAUCUUGGAACCCUUACCAGUACAGCAAGUUUCCCAUCUGUCUCAUUUAGCGAACAGAACAACCCUAAUUGAGUGGAAUUUGUCUUCAUUAGAACAAGUGAAAAUGGACACUGCAAUGCCAAGGAAAACUGUCUUUCUUUUCUAAAUUGAGACACACAAAAAAUAGUACCUAGAAAUCUGUAAGUGCUGGGAAAAAAAAGAUCUUGAGAAUAAUAAAUGGAUUUGAGUGUUAAUUUCUGUGUCAUCCAAUGAAGUAUACAUACUGGCUAAUGUUUUGGAAGUCUUGAGAAAUAAUGCUUUUCUAAUACAUAUGCUUUCAGUAAGGUGAUAGGUAACUCCCAGAUCAACCAGCAACGUAAGAAAUAAGUGCUGACUUUCUAAAUAAGCUUGGAUAAUUUUCUUAAAUUUAACUGCAAUUUGCAAUUCAGGAAAUGGCUGCAUUUUUACUGCAAAAAAGAGUUUGCUCAUAAAAUUUCAGAGCAGAUCAUCAGUUGGUAUAAGCUGUUCCUUGGUGGAAUUUGUGUACCAUACUAUAGCAAUUUAUAACAGCUCUAAGAUUUGCCCUUCAGACUUUUAGAUCUUUUUCCCACCUGGAAGUCUCUGGCUAAUUCAAGUUUACAGAUAAUUAGAUUUGCAGUGGUACUUUUUCUGAUAACAAAACUGGACACAUGACUGCAAAAAGAUGGUGCUACAUAAUCAGUAAAGAUUGAGCCAGCUACCAACAGACUUUUAAAAAGCAGCUGAUGUUUUUAGCACCUGAGAACGGAAAAUGUAUGAAGAAGUGUUUGUGAACAGAUUUUAUCGUGACUGAUAAGCCAAGAAGAAGCAGCCAACUAUAUGCUAGGCUGCAUCAAAAGAGGGAUGGCCAGAAAGGUGAGGUAUGUGAUUGAUCCCCUCUACUCUGCCCUUGUGAUGCCCCAUCUAGAGUACUGUGUCUAGGCCUGGGACUGCUGCAACACCAUAAAGAUAAA